AACGCCUAAACAAAUUUGACAGCUGUGGUGUAUGAAUUAUUUUCUAAUCUGUGAACGCUACUUGUCAUGACAAAAUUUUGUCGAUGUUUUGGUGAUAAUAAAGCGUUUAUUUCUUUAAUUGUGAAAUGUAUUUAUUUAAAUUAACUAUUGUAUGAAAGAUAUUGCAAUGGCACAUGCCGACAUGGGGUCAGAUCAGUAUUGUUUCGGGUGUUUGUGUGCGAAGGAAGAGAAGUCAAUUUACUGCUUAAAUUUACGAAACUCGGUACUGAAAACAUUUAUACAGGCUGAAUGUCUGUUCCUCUGCUUCCUCUGUAAGCGGGCCCAACAACAAGCAGAGCUGUUCAUACAAAAUGUGCAAAGUAACCAGAUUCUACUAGAGAAUAUACACAGUGUAGAAGAUUCAACCAUUCACUCAGUCCGCACACAAUCCCGAGCACCGCAUCAACUAUCCUCAAUGUCUCUAGACAUUAUAGAAUUAGGAACAACAAAGUCAAUGGAAGAGGAGUCCUAUUUCGUCUACGACCAUCGGGGGCCUAAAGUCAAACAGGAGAUGAAGAAGGAGGGAGCAACGUUUGAGGAGUAUGAUGAUGUGAAUACUGAUUUCCAAGAGCCUUUUGUCAAAGAAGAAGAUUUUCCUCUAAAGGAGUUAUUAAAGGAAGAGGUAAUGAUGAUGGAAGUGGAUCUGAAGAGCCUCAAGAAAAGCCUUGGAAAGGACAAGUACAAGAAAAGAAAAGUUAAGAAGGAUAUAGAAAUAAAAAAAGAAGUUGAAGAAAUGACAGAAUGCGAGAUAGAAACAAUCUACAUAACCCGAGAGCAAUGCUUCGAGGAGCGCGCUCAAAUGGCGCGCGACCAGCGCUACCUGGCCUCCACGUACAAGUGCACAGACUGCAUUAAAGGGUUCAACUAUAAGGCGAGCUUCCACAAACACCUGGAAAAGCAUAGCGAGAGCAAUGGCGAUUACGAAUGUGAUGUAUGUAAACAGAGAAUGAGUACAGAAGAUAAACUGCUCUGUCACAAGAAAUACCACGAAAGACGGUACCGCUGCCCCGUAUGCGGCCUGACUCGGGUCAGUCGACUAACAGUCAAGGACCACUACUCGGCCUUCCACUCGGCCAGCCAUCACAGGCACUGUCCACACUGCGGGAAAACUUUCAAACGCCAGGUGUCGUGGCGGAAACACAUCGCCAACGUGCACGGUCGCGCACGCGUCACGUGCGCCUACUGUGAAAAGAGCUACGCCAAUAGGGACGUGCUCAAGGCGCAUAUGAUUGUUCGACAUCCGACAGAAGUGUCGGCGGGUGAGGUGACCAAGUCCCACGUGUGCCAAGAGUGCGGGAUGGCCUUCAAGGCUCCUUCGCAGUUGAAAAUACAUAGCGUCAAGCAUUCGCUGUCCAGGGAUUAUUACUGUGUUGAGUGCGACAAGAGUUUUAAAUCGGCAUCAAUACUAAAACAUCACUUGAAAACGGCGUCAACUCACGUUAGCUACACUGAAUUACCUUUGGCCUGUGAACACUGCGACAAGCGGUUCGCGAUCCGACGCGACCUGGACCGACACACCAACCGCAUACAUCUCAACAUCAAACCGUUCCAGUGCGACCGCUGCGAAAAGGCAUACGUGAACGCGUGGUCUCUGAACGAGCACAGACGACUGGUACACGAGGGGUUCAAGCGACCGCUAAAAUACCCCUGUCCCAUGUGUGACAAGGUUUUCGACCGUAACCAGAUCCUCAAAGGCCAUAUUCGGACCCACACCGGCGAGCGGCCCUACCAGUGCAGCCGCUGCCCCGCGCAGUUCACGCAGGCCAGCAUACUCGGGACACAUGUCAAACUUAUACACCUCAAGCUGACUAGAGACGGCAGACCUAAGGCUUUAGCUAGCAAAUAGUCUAGUAGCGUAAGCUGUAACGCUUUAAAAACCGCAAAUCGAUGUGCAGUUUAGCCGUUUGGCACUCGCAUACUACAGGUCAUAACAAAAUUUUUGACCUCUAUAGUUCGUUUUUUUUAGCAUUAGAAAUAAGGUAAACAAUCUUGAUGUGUCUUUUAAUUAAAAACACAUUUAAAAAAUAAGUUACGGCAAAUAUGUAACAAUUAUGAAUCUAAUACAAUCAUUUAUAUUCGUCGGCUUUCAUAAGUAUUAAAUUUUGAUUUUUAUAAAGCGUUUUUCAAUAAAAGACUUGUCAAAAUCGCUUACCUUCUUGCAAGUUCUUUCUAAUGCUAAAAAAAAACGAACUAUAGUAUACGUGUGCCAAAUGGCUAAACUGUACAUCGAUUUGCAGUUUUUCUUUGAAAUUGGGGUCGUACGGCUGCCGCUAUAGGCUUAGACAAUGGUUUAGUCAUACCAGUAUACUGGUGAUGCAUGUCAAGCUUACAUAAGUGAGCCAAUAAGCCCGUUUAAAAAUCAAUUUUACCAUCCUAUUUAUUUGGUUCAAAUUCAUGUAGCAGCUCAUUUGAUAAAAACUUAUUAAAGUAAAUAGGCAGGCAAACAUUGCCUAGUCUAAGAAAUCGAUCUGAAAACAAUAGUUUUAUUUAUAAUUAUUUAACCUUUUGAACGCAACAAAUUUAGUUUUGUGAAUAAAUAAUGCCAACCUAAAAGUGUGGUGUUUUUCAGUAGAUUUUCAUCAAAAAACGAUCGACGUCAAAUGCCGUCUUUGGCGUCGUUGUCACGAUUUUCCUUUGGUCCGUUUUCAUAACUAUGGUUUUCGUAACUGGCUGCCAAAGAAGAUUAAUUUUUCCUAUUUCAUAAUUAAUUAUCAAACAAGAAUUUACUUUCUGGUUUCGUAAUCGAGUUUCGUAACUGGUUAUGAAAUAAGAUUUUUUUUUCUGUUUUCGCCUGGAUUGGCUACGAAAUAUGAAUUACUUUUCGCUGCUUCGUAAUUAGUUAUCAAACAAGAAUUUAUUACUCUUUUAGUAAUCGAGUUUCGUUAUUAACUUCGAUAUAUUUUUUGGAAGUUAAGUUCCCCUUUUGUUGCCAAUUUACCCUGUGAGUGACUGA